AUGCGCCGCGCGACGAUGGGACGCGCGCGCGCUCGCGAUGGCGCGCCCGCGCGGCAUCUCGCGCCCUCCCUCCUCCUCCUCUUCCUCGCCGCCGCGCCCGCGGUCGUGGACGCCGCGCCCGCGAAGCAUUGCAUCGCCCUCGGCGCGCGCGACGCGCUCCUCGCGGUGCAUCUGCAGAAUGACUUUUUCGACGCGCGCGCGAUGAACGGAGCGUACGCCCCCGGCGCGUCGCUCGCGUACCCGCUCGACGCGUCCUACGUCCACGGCGAGAACGUCCGCAGAGGCGCGCUCGCGGUGCGUCGCGCCGAGGAGGUGGUCCCGGUCGCGAACGCGUGGAUGCGCGCGGUAGACCGCGCGAACGGCUCCGUCGUCGCGACGCUGGACUGGCACCCGCCCGAUCACUGCUCGUUCUGCAAGUUCGGGGCGAAGCAAUCGAGACGAUUGGACUGCGUGUGGGGGUGCGAGGGCACGAAUGGGAUCUGCGUCACCGGCGCGGGCGUCCCCGCGGCUGUGUUCGACAGCACGGGGCGAUGCGCGGACGCGGUCAGCGAGAGCGACUUUCAGCAGAGCCGGUAUUUCCAGUGGCCGCGACACUGCGUCGCGGGCACGUUCGGGAGCCGGUUCGAUCCGUACCUGAACGUCCCGGAGCGCGCGGUGCGCGUGCACGCGGGCGUGGAGCAGAGCGAGGACUCGUACUCCGCGUUCGGCGGGCGGCGCAUACGCGCGGACGGCACGCGCGGCGCGUCGCUGUUGGAGAUUUUGCGAAAGAAGAACGCGAAGCGCGUCUUCGUGCUCGGUCUCGCGACGGACUACGUCGUCAAGGAGACGCUCCGCGAGCUCUUGAAAGAGGAAGAGGUGUUCGACGACGACGGUUAUAACGCCACGACGAUGUCAGGAAAAGAAGAUGGAACGUCGACCGUCGCGAAGACGAAGCGGCGCGCGUUCAGCGCGGUGUUGAUCGCCGCGGGGUCGAGGGGCGUGUUCGACGCGCCCGGAUCCUUCUACGGCUCCGACCCGGAAUCGCUCAGCGGGACGACGAAGCGCGAUCUCAUCGCGCUCGGCGUUAGCGUCGUCGGCGCGUCCAGCGUCGAGGACGCGAUGCGCGAGCUGUGCGAGGGGACGUGCGACGACGAUCACGAUUGCGUCGACGGCGACGGCGGCGGCGGCGGAGCGGGGAAGCUGGAUGAAAAAAUUUGCGUCGACCGCGGAGGGCCGCACAAGGUGUGCGUCCCGAAGCCGAAGGUCAUCGCGGGCGUCGACGCGCGCGUGUUCUUCUCCGUCGCGUUGGCCGGCGUCCUCGGGAUCGUCGUCGUCGCCGUGACGUUCCGCGGCGAGAUCGUGAGCUACGUCUCGAACCGCGCGAAACGGAAAGGCCCGCCGACGGAUUUCGUCGUCCUCGUCGAGACGGACAUCGAGGCGCGUUCUAUCUCACACUGGUCCCCAUACGACCGCGUUCGCGUGGUGAAGCCUUUUCUUAAGGACAGGACUUUCUCUCCCGGCGGUCGGUUCUCUCCGCCCACACCUCGCUUUCAAUCCCGCACUCACACCGCGACGCCUUUCAACUCUCAAGUCUGA